GAUGUUUACUGAGCCUUGUGUACCCAGCCCUGAGCAAGGUGAUUCCACAUAUUAUUUCUCGUUUGAAACUUACCAAUAUUUUAAGUUUAUGGAGACGUUCUCAACCUCGACUGUACAUCAGAAUCACGUGGGGGAGCCUUUUGAACCUAUGCCCCAAAUCCACCUCAGAGCAAUUAAGUCAGUAUGUAUUUCUAGGGGUGGGGAGUGGGCAGUGGUAUGUUUUAAAAACGUCAUAGGUGAUUACAUGUGCAGCUGGGGUUGAGAACCAUGGUUAUAAAUGCUUAACUUUAAAACAGCAACGUGAACUCUUCAGGCUGGGGACCUGCGAGGAAGACCCUCACUGCCGCCCAACCCACGCUAGGGCAGUGGGUCUCAAGGUGUGGUCCCUGGACCAGAGGUAGCAGGGAGGGCAGGGAACUUGUUAGAAAUGCAUGUUUUCAGGCUACACCUCAUACUACUGAAUCAAACUGAGUUGGGUCCCAGCGAUCUGUUUAACAGUUUUCUAGGAGAUGCUGACGCUCCUAACGUUUGCGAACCACGUUCUGGGGGUUGAAUGGUUACCGGGCCAAGAGGUCCGAUAGUCCGAACAUGGCAUUUUUCUUUUCGUUUUUAAACACAUGUGUACUGUACUUGAAGGGUCAUUUAAGUUGGAUUUGGAGGAUUAUUUUGACUUUCAUACGAUCCCCUCCUUCAGGCUAAAUUUAGAACUUCACCAGGGGUAAGACGUGAAUCCCUGCUCUGAUUCUCCGAUUCUCCAGCAGGAGGUAGCCGCUCUGUGACAUUUCCUUGCCUGAACGUCACAACCCCGCCCCACAUACGUUACAGUGCCCGGGGUUCUAGGAGGGAGCAGCCCAGCAUCCCUCAAAAGUGCAAGGUGAGGGGCACACUUUGAGCCAGAAUGGGAGAGUGGAAAGGCUACAUCAGUGCUGUGCUGCGGGACCAGCGAAUCGACGACGUGGCCAUCGUGGGUCACUCGGACAAUCGCUGCGUGUGGGCAUCUAGGCCGGGGGGCCUGUUGGCAGCCAUCUCACCGCAGGAAGUGGGUGUGCUCACUGGGCCGGACCGGAGCACCUUCCUGAAGGCGGGCCUGAGCAUGGCGGGACUCCGCUGCUGCGUCAUCCGAGACCACCUGCUGGCGGAGGGUGACGGAGUGCUGGAUGCGCGCACAAAGGGACUGGAUGGGCGUGCCGUCUGCGUGGGCCACACCCCGCGCGCACUCCUAGUGCUCAUGGGCCGACGGGGUGUGCAUGGGGGCAUCCUCAACAAGAAGGUGCACGAGCUGAUCCGUGGACUGCGCACUCAUAGCACCUAGGAGACAGCCAGGCAGCAGAGGAGCCAAAGUAAAGUCAGA